AUGUCUGAGAAGAAGCCACGAGGUUCGGACACGCGUCCCAAAUGUGGCCUCCGCAGUUGGAGUGCGGACAGUUACAUUUGGCGGAGGAAGAAACGCUCCCGGAGCUCUCGCAACGGGUCGAGUCCCGGGGGGCUGGAGGCGGAGGGGACAGAGGAGCUUGGUGUGCGGUCAACAUCCUGUCCCAGGCGGCGCAGAGAGAGAAAGUGUAGCUGCGGCACUCUCGGGGACGCCUUGACAUCUGCAGACAUUGAUGGAGUGUGUCGGAAAGCCCUGUCCCGCCGCUCGCUGCGCCAGAAGUUCCAGGAUGCUGUGGGCCAGUGUUUCCCUCUGCGCUCUCACCAUCACCACCACCAUCACCACCACCACCAUCCAUCGGGCUCCUCGCGACCCUUCUCGGUGCUCUUCUGGUCCAAACGCAAGAUCCACGUCUCGGAGCUCAUGCAGGACAAGUGUCCCUUCUCGCCCAAAUCUGAACUGGCCCGAUGUUGGCACCUUAUCAAAAAUCACGCCACCCACCCAAGUGCCCUCAAGGACAUGGACAUGGAGGCUCCCCUCAAACCCAACACGUCAUCUUCCUCUUCCUCCCCACCCCAGACCCCUCUCUCCUGGGAGGACAUCUGCUGUUCUCCCGGGCCUGGAGGCACCAGUCUGGAGGACUGGAACCCUUCUUGUCCUCAUGGGGGAGCAGAGGGCAGCUGUGGCCACACUGACUACAUCCUGGUCCCGGAUCUCCUCCAGAUCAACAACAGCUCCUGUUACUGGGGCGUGUUGAACCGCUUUGAGGCAGAGGAUCUGCUGGAGGGCAAACCGGAGGGAACGUUUCUUCUCCGAGACUCUGCCCAGGAUGAGUUCCUCUUCUCAGUCAGCUUCCGACGCUACAGCCGCUCCCUGCACGCACGCAUUGAGCAGAACGACAAGCGUUUCAGCUUCGAUGUGCGCGACCCGUGCAUGUACCGGGAUCCAAGUGUGACGGGACUGCUGAGACACUACAGUGACCCGGCUACCUGCCUCUUCUUUGAGCCCCUCCUUUCCCGGCCGCUACCACGGACCUUCCCUUUCACCCUCCAGCACCUGUGCAGGGCUGUGAUCUGUAGCCACACCACCUACCGGGGCAUAGAUAACCUGCUGCUGCCUCCUCAGCUCAGGGACUACCUCCGACAGUACCACAUUAAGUGCGACGGGGCCUGCGCUGUGUGA